UCAGUCGACGUCGCAGACAUGGAGGAAGUGAGAGUGUUUCCCCUGACCUGUGCUGUGCAAAAUUAUGCAUGGGGCAAGGUUGGACUGGACAGCGAGGUGGCCAAGCUGGUGAUUGGCGGAGAUGCACUUGCUGUCGUAGAGGCUGAUAAACCUUAUGCAGAGCUGUGGAUGGGCGCUCACCCAAAAGGUGACGCCCAGAUUAAGGACAACAGGAUCGCACAGACCACCCUGGGCCAGUGGAUCGCCCACUUCCCUGCAUGUCUGGGCUCAAAGGUGAAAGACACCUUCCAGGGUCAGCUGCCUUUCCUCUUCAAAGUUCUCUCGGUCAACACGGCUCUGUCAAUACAAGCCCACCCCAACAAGGAAUUAGCCACUCGACUACACACUCAGUUUCCGGAGCACUACCCAGACACCAACCACAAACCUGAGAUGGCCAUUGCUCUCACCCGCUUCGAAGGCCUCUGUGGCUUCAGACCAGUGGAAGAGAUCCUGGAAUUUCUUGAAAAGGUCCCAGAGUUCCACACUCUGGUGGGUCACGGGGCAGCACAAGAGCUGCGGGCCAGCGUGGGAGAUGCAGACCGUACGAGCCAGGCGCUGAAGAGGUGCUUCACCAGGAUGAUGGAUUGGGAGAAGAAGGUGGUGGUAGAGAACCUCAACGAGCUGGUGAAAAGGGUCACGGAAGACGCUGCAGCUGGAAAGGACACAUCAGGCAUCAGUGGUGACCUGUUGCUCCGUCUCCACUCUCAGUACCCUGGAGACAUUGGCUGCUUCUCAAUCUACUUCCUCAAUCAUGUGGUCCUGAAUCCAGGCCAGGCCAUGUUCCUGGGAGCCAAUGAGCCUCACGCUUACCUUUAUGGAGACUGUAUUGAGUGCAUGGCCUGCUCAGACAACACUGUGAGGGCCGGACUGACACCCAAAUACAUCGAUGUUAACACGCUCUGUGAGAUGCUGAACUACAGCCCCGCCCCCGCCUCCUCGAAAAUCUUCCCGUGUCUUCAGGACCCCUCUGACCCCUGUGUGUCCAUAUACAACCCGCCCGUGCCAGACUUCACUGUCAUGAGGAUACAGAUCCCAGCCUCAGUGAAGCAGUACAAUAUUGCUCCAGUCGACAGCGCCAGCAUCCUCCUGGUCAUUGAAGGUGAAGCCACGGGAACCUCGCCUGCCGCUCUCUCCGACCUCACACUGACGCGGGGCAGCGUCCUGUUUGUCUCGGCCAACGAGAGCAUCUCUCUACACAUCACCUCACAGUCGGGAAUGACCCUUUUUCGAGCCUGCUGCCUUCUGUAGUUGUGGGUCUGUGGUCGUUAAAGCUCAUACUACCUGUUUGUUUGUAUUUGUGAUUUGAAGUGUCGAGGUUUGUCCUUGUGUUUUAACUGAGCUCAAUGACUCGUGCACUUUUUACAAGGUAGUAUAGAAGCUAAAGGAGCCUCUAGACCCAGUUUAUUGACGCUCAUCGGUACCUGCUGCUCCCCUUUAACCCCUAAAAUGUAACAUGUGCCCUCUCCGCCACCUCCAGCACUCUUCUCUAGCUUUAAACUCCAGUUUUAAUCCAAUGCUGAUGGAUUUAAUUGGUUCUUACCCUUUUCGUGUGUGCAAGUACUCAUAAAACACAGAAGAUCUGCACAUCCAAAAUUCUUUAUAGGUGCUGGAAAGAGGGCAGAAUAAAAAGUAAAAUAUGUCUGUUUAGUUGCUGUUUUGGUGUUUAAGGUCCUUAGUUUGCUCAAAAAUAGAAAUCUGAACAUCUGCUGUCCCAGGACAAGUGAAGAACAUCCAAUAUGAUUAAAAGUUUUCAAUUAGCUGAAGGCGGAAUGUAAAAAAUGUUGGUGAUAACUGGAAAAAAACAUCAAGUACAGUUAAUUUCUCAAUUUUUUUCCUGCAUGUUAUCUUAUACCCUGAAUCAUGAAGGUGACACACACUAGCUGUAAUGAACUAAACAGCAUUGUGGGGCUGAUGUUUACUCUUGUUCACUUCAUCACCACUCAGUGCUUUGAACAGCCAGACAACCAACCUGUUGAGGACAACAAAGCACAUCUGUUUUAUAUGCCAGCUACUGCGUUCCCCCAGGAUCAGUGUUGUCAUUUUAACUUUAUCUCAAACUGGAGAAUAUCCACCUUUCAAACUUAAUUUUAGGCAAAAAAAAAGUAAAAGAAAAACAGUAAAAAGUACAAAGUGUGAUACUGAGAUGCCUGUGCAUGUUUUAGAGCAGUAGCACUCUCCAGAGCACCUUCUGUGAUUACUAUAUCAGUGCUACAAACCAAUCACAAUGAAGCUAAGCCUGCUGAGUGUUACUGCUUCUGUUACCAGCGCAUGUUUUACAGUCUGGAAACAUCCCAUCAAAGUGAUGAAAACUCAUGAGUAUUAAAAAUGAAUGAAUAAAAAUAAAUAAGAAGCGGGCAUGAAGAGCCAUUUCCAUCUCUGUCCCAUGAAGCAUGACGAUGUGGCAACCAUGCAGGGGUGUAACAAUUCUGAGACCAAAACCAUGAUACAAACGUCCACCAUGCUCAGGUACUCUGGGAUUCACGUAGAGCAGUUAAAGCAUGCUAACUUUAUGAAAGAUGUAAUAAAGAUUGUUCACGUAACAAGCGGGGACGCCUGCUAUUUCUCGACUAUGCAUAAAGUCCAGAAGUACUAGAAGUGCAGACUUUAAUUAGUGCUUUAAUUAGAUGCAAGUUAACUGUUGAUUUGAAGAGUUUGUUCAGUCACCCAUAACAGGUGGGAGUACCCCUCCCUGACAGGGCGUGAUGUUCGACUUUUGUAUGUGGGCUUAUCUGACAAAACUAACAACCAGAGCACUGUGCAGGCAUGUGGGCGUUAACCUGAAAAGAAAAAGUACUUCUGGUGUUUAUGCUAACACUAGCCACACUCGGCCACACAAAAAGGCAGAACAGAUUUCAGAUUUUUGGUUACGCAUUGUGCGAACAGUAUUUGUAUGGACAAUGAUUCAUUCCCUUUAAUGUUUCACACAAAACAUGAAGUGAAGUGUUUGUACGUCUCUGCAGUCUAUCUAACGAGACAGAGGAAAAUUGUCAAUUCUCUCCUGAUGAAACUACAGUCAGACUGGAUGGCAUCAUUACGGCUUACAACGUGUCAGUGUACACAUAUGACCUUGGAGGGAGCCAGUCUGUGCAUACAUGUGUGUGUUUGUGUGAGAGAGAGACUGGGCCUGGGGCCUGUGGGACAUUGUCAUGGAGGAUGGGACGCUACCCACUGGUCAUUGCUGCCUCCAGUAGGAUGUGGGUACUUGAUGGUCCAGGGAGAGCGGGUCGAUGAUUUGUUGUGGUUGCUUACCUGCUUCUUUGUGUGAUUCCAGGCCGUUCUUGGGCAUUUUGGGGCCUGGGGUCCUGUCCUCAGCUUGUGCUGGGAUGGCUGGCAUCUGGCCAGGUCAGCUCCCUGUUGCAUCUGGUCCUCUGAGUCUCGUCCCUUUGGCGAUGGGGGAUAAAUCUGUGGCCUCACUCUUCCUUCUACGGGGUUGAGCACACAGUUUUCCCUGGGUCGUGCGGUCUUGGGUCUUCAAUACUCUACUUGUCUGCUCCUGGCUAACAGGGGAUGUUGCUGCGAAUUGUUGCCCUCAUUAUCAAGAACGUUUUGCGUUGUGCUAAUCUGGAUGUAUCAAAGAACCUUUGCACUGGACAUUUUCUUCUUGGGAAAUGAAAUGUUUUUGGGACAACAGCUGAAGCUGUCGGACAGGACGGGUAUUGAGACUGUCUGAGGGUAUAUAGAGCUGAACGGGUAAACUUCACUUUGCGGAAAAAAAGUGAGGGAACUCAUGCAACCUAAUGGAUUUUUACACCAUUUUCAAAUUUUGAAAUCACUCUGACAUGUUUCCAGCUAUUGGUUGUACUCCUCAUUGUCCUGUUAGCUGUUAGUAGCAUAGUAACUUGAAGUGUUGCAUUAGGAAGGGUAUCUGGCAUAAAACUGUGCCAAAUCAAAAACUCAGAUCCAUCCGCUGUGGCAGCAUCUUGGGGGGAAAAAAGAAAGCAGCUGUAAAUACCUCAUUCAACAGUUUCCAAUGUGCAUGAAUUCACGCAAAUAACUCACGGCAAUACUUCACUUUGUCUUUGGUGUGAACGCAAAAAAACAAAAAAAAAAAACCAAGGCAUGAAACUUGUAGUUUGGGAGAAUUGUUACACCUCGAGAAUCAUAAAUGCAUACCGAGUCAAACAUCUUCUUUGUCAACUAACAAUUAACUAAACCUGCUUUAAGGUACUUAUUGUAAUUUCCUCUGUUUUAAAAGUGUUUUAACACCUCUUAAAGUUAAAUGAAGCUUUCAGCAGAAUGUAAAUAAUUGAUCAGCAUGACUUUACGUCCAAAACAUUGAUAUAUUUUUUUGUUGAAGAGAUAUAAAGAGAACCUUAACCAGGGCUGGACGGCAAUUUUGUGUAAUACCAAUUUGUACCACAAGAUGGUGCAUCAGCAUAAUCUUUGUUUAACCAGGCAAGCCAUUAGAACAUUGUUUGUACAAAGGCAUUUACUGGUGAAAUACUGCCCCCAGGUGAUAAAGGUUUUAGUUAACAUUUGCUGCAGUUUAAUUACAAAAAGUACCUUUAAAAGAUUUUUUUGUCUUUUUGUACAGUUGUACAACAAAAUGCUGCAUUGAAUUUUAUACCUUAUUGUAUUGGAGACAGAUUUUUUGACUGUUGUUUGUAACGAUUAAUCAGCACGUGACGAUACAUAUGAAGUAAAUGGUUUUACAUGUUUACUAUAAUAGCUAAACAGGUUUCUUUUCCUAAAAUAUAAUCUCUUUUGGUCACCACUUUACAACAUGUUGGUGCAGUAGUAAUAGUCGAUUAUUUCGGUAAUGGUGCAAACUUCUGUGUAACUUUCCGGUUCUAGUUACAGGGUCGAUCUGAAUUCACUCAAUAAUGAUGUGCACUUUCUUCUUGUAGUAGUUUUUAUAGGCUCUCAACUCAAAUAUUCAAUGAUAGGUCCUCUAUCAGCCUGCCAACCUACCACUGAACACGUUUUUCAGAGUGAGUGAAGCCCUGUUAAUGCUUUAUUAUCACGCUUGUGAUGUAGGUUGAUUGUCCCCAGUGCAGAUGCGGUAAACCUUUACUUGUUUACUGUUGUUUUUUUUGUUUUGUUUUUUUUAAAAAAGAAGAGUAUUAAGAAGGAUGUGAAGUUAUUUUUAGAUCUCUUUUCUUGAUUACCUCAAAUCAUCCUUCUGUAGCUCAAAACACUGUUAACGAAUCAUCUCUUGUUUGCCAUGUUUUCAUGUUAUCUUUGUUUUGUGGAGUACUGUAUUUAAUGUAACUUCUGAUUUAAUGAUCACGCACCUUUUUGUUGCCGAUCUUGCUGUAAGUCACGUUUUCAUUUGAAUACUGGACACCUCAAGUUUGUGGCUCUUUUUUCCUUACUGUAAACUAAUGACUUUCAAAUACAGUUUGCAUUGUUUUCUUUAACCUUUUAUGGGAACAUUUACUAGAAUAUGUCUGUAGUUAGGGCAUGGUUGAGUAUUUUUGAAUGUGGUGAUGCUGUAGCAUGGUACUGCAGAGAACAUGUAUGUAAAAACGGUUUAAUAAAGCCAGGUUCUGUUAACCGUA